UAAUGCUCAAAGGGCACCUCUCAGCCUUACUGUUAGCUAUAUAAUGGACCUUUCCUUAUUGCAUUAGAUGGUCUGCACAUGUUUACUUCUGUGUAGCGAGGUGUCUGUUACACGAUUGAAUAUCUUAAGUGAUGUCCAUUGUGCAGUGAUGUUGCCUAAAGAAGCCACCGUGAACACACAGUGUGAACCACAACUAGAACUUCUGAACUGUGCUGAAGUUUCUAAUAUGAUGAAAAUUGAGAUUUGCUCAAACGGUGAAUCAAAUUUACUAAAUUACAACAAUCUAAAGAUGGAUGAGGCUAACAGCUGUGCCUCAUUUGUUUCGAAUGUUGAUAUUGAGAAAGGAAUGCCAGAAUCAGGGAAAUCUGUUGUGAAUUUGAAACAUGAUGAUUCUUUAGCAAGGGAAUUGCUGACUGAAUUUACCUUAUGGGUUAGAGGGAAAUUUGUGCAACCCUUGAUGAACCAUAGACCUGAGAGAGUACUUGACAAACCUACUACUAACGGAUCAAGGAAGUACAAACGUUUGGUCUCACUCAAUUCAAGAAGAGUGCUUCUCCUUUUCUCAGCCUUAUCAAGUGUGGGAACAGUGAUAUUAAUAUAUCUGACACUAAGAAUGAGGCUAACUGGUGAUGUAUCUGGGACUGGUAAGAUUUGAUAUUUCUAUUUUCCCUUCCAUCUUCUUGAGAUGUUUUGUGGAACAAUCAGAUCAAGUUGACGUCGUCUUUACAUAACUUUGAGCAGUCUAAACAGUACCACAGUAGACCAUCCUUUGAACCUCGUUACAAACAUCAGAUUAAUCUUUUUUUUGUUUUUUUUUUUUUUUCCUGCGAUGAUUCUGCGUUGUGUACGUAUGUCAUCAAUGUACAUAAACUGAAAGUUUGAAACUACAUUUUGCAGUUCCAAUUGAUGCUUCCUAGCACAAAACAUUUA